AUGCGGAGCUGUGAUAAUCUGGUCGACUUGGAUUUCGUGAAACCGGCAGCGCUGAAGUCCCCAGCAGGAAAUGCCCCUUGCCGAAAGAAGGGGGAAAUGGGAAGCAAUGACGAGUCAGAGCGAAAGAAGCGGCCAUCAGCAGCGGGAAGCAUCAUGUCGCCUCCAGCUAAAAGACCAUCGCUGUCGUGUCUCGGUGACGAGAAGAAGGUGUGGCUUCACGAGAUCGACCCGUCAGUGCUUCAGUUUCAGAACCAGAAGCUGAGUCAGCAGCUGGAGGUCCAGAAGGAGCGAAUCCAUGAAUUGGAGUCGCGGUUCGAGGAUCUCAAGGCACGGCAGUCAGACUACGACGAUACACUCAUGACAGUCAACAGCGCGUGGAACCAGCUAGUUGACGAUCUGGAGAUUCUGGCAGUUAAGGCGAAUGCUGGGCUUAACGGUCUUCAGCAGAUGUCUAAUGCCACUCCCCUUGAAGAAGCUGCAGAGCUCUUAAGAUCGACGCAUGAGGAGUUCAGAUCCGAAGUGUCGCACAUGAGAGCCAAGAUGGACGAGAUGCAUCUGCAGCACAGAAGCCUGUCUUUGGAGCUCUCGGAAAUCCGGGACUUGAACGCCAAGAGCCAAGCAGAAGUUCGGAGAGUUUCAGAUCAUCUCGAGGAUACCCUCAUGCAGCUGGAAUCGACGAGGCGAAAACUCGUCGCGGCGAAGCAGUCCGCUUCGUCGUCUGGGCCCGGCGCGUUUCCCGCGUCUCCGUCGCUUGUGAAGUCGGAUUCGAGAGACGGGGGGCAGGAGAGCAGGAUCGCGUCUGGGGAGGCCCGUGAGCUGGAAGCCGCACUUGAGGAAGCGAAGAAGCUUUCCGCUCAACGCUUGACUGAGAUUGAGGACAAGCAGCAGACGAUACUGGAACUGAAUCAGAAGCUACGAGAGUACCAGUCAGCGUCGGAGGACGAGCAGCGCAUCAAGUCAUCACGGCCCUACUCGAUUCUGGCGGAGCAGCUCAUCGCAGCCAGAGCGGAAGCUGAGAGGAACCGGUUGAUUCUCGAGCAGCUGCAAAGGGAGAGGGACGCGAGCAGUCUGCGCGAGAAGGACAUGGCGUUCCGCGCGGAGGCGGGCGACGCUGCGCGGAGGGCGUGCCAGCUGGCGGAGGCGAGGGUGGAGGAACUAGAGAAGAAGCUGGAGCACGCGUGCAGGGAGCGCGACGUGCUGCAGCAGCGCCUCGAGGAGGCGCACUCGUCGCUGGGGAGGAAGGAGACAGUGGCGGAGCUCAAGGUGAUGAUAGCGACGCUGCACAAGGAGAUGAGCAUGAUGCAGGCGCAGCUCACCAAGCAUAAAGACGCCAUACAGCAGCUCAUCACACUGCGCGCCGACAACGAGUCCCUCAAGUCCGUUCUCACUAGAAAGGCGAAAGAGAUAGAGCAACUAGGAAAACGAAUCUUGUCGCAAGCGUCAGAUCAGAAGGCGUUGAAGGCAGAGGUGGCGCAAUUGAAGAGCUCCGAGUGCGAGCUGCAGAUGUUCAUGGACAUGUUCGAGCGCGAGUCCACUGAUACCAGGGACAUGAAGGAGGUGAAAGCGGCGGAGGUGCGCGCGCUGGCGCAGGUGGCGCAGCUGCGCGCGGAGCUGGACGAGCACGGGCUGGCGCUGCGGGUGAAGGCAGCCAACGAGGCGGAGGCGGCGUGCCAGCAGCGCCUGGUAGCAGCAGAGGCGGAGAUCAGCCAACUGCGGCAACAGCUGGACGAAACUGAAAAGAGAAUAGUGGAGCUCCAAGAGACGGUGAAAGCCAAGGAGGAGGAGGGAGAGGCGUAUAUAACCGAGAUAGAGACAAUAGGGGCAGCCUACGAGGAGAUGCAAUCGCAGAACCGGCGGCUGCUGCAGCAGAUAUCGGAGAGGGACGAGUACAACACGCAGCUCAUCGCGGAGGGCGUCAAGGCCAGGCAGCUGCAGGCGUCGCUGCAGGCGGAGAAGCAGAGCAUGGAGACGCGCAUGCAGCACGCCACUGCUGCUGCUGACGUGCACAAGCAGCGGGUGGUGCGGCUGGAAGAGCAGGUGAAGGCGGCGUGGGAGCAGCUGGGGAAGGCGGUGGAGGACGCGAGGGGCAUGGCGGGCAGUGUGGAGGCGGGCAAGCGGAAGCAGGCGGAGAUGGAGCGGGAAACAACGGCUGCUAGAGAGGCCAUGGAGGGGCUUCAGAAAGAUCUGAGUUCGCGGAACACACAGAUGGUGGAGGUGGAGGAGAAACUGGAGACUGAAAGGAACAAGAGGAGGCGAGUGGAGGAGGAGAGGGACGCGCUGUCAGCACGGUUGGCGAGGCUGGGCCAGUCGAUGGAGCGGGGUGGGGGGUCGGGGGGGCCAUCGGUGGAGCAGCUUCAGGAGGAGCUGCGGCAAUACAAGUCCAUCAUGAAAUGCUCCGUGUGCCACGACAGGCAGAAAGAGGUGAGUGUUUCAUAG